GGAAGUUCCGGGUAGAGUUCCGGGUGCCGUUCCUGGUGCGGUUGAGGCUUCUGACUGGAGAAAUGGCCACUCUCUGUCUCUUCGACAUGGAUGGGACCCUGACUGCCCCGCGGCAGAAAAUUACAGAAGAAAUGGAUGGCUUUCUACAAAAAUUGAGGCAGAAGACCAAAAUUGGAGUGGUAGGUGGGUCAGAUUUUGAGAAACUGCAAGAGCAACUGGGAAGUGAUGUGGUUGAGAAAUACGAUUAUGUGUUCCCAGAGAAUGGCUUGGUAGCGUACAAAGAUGGGAAGCUAUUGUGUAAGCAGAAUAUUCAAGGGCAUCUGGGGGAGGAUGUGAUCCAAGACCUGAUCAACUACUGUCUGAGCUACAUUGCAAACAUUAAACUCCCUAAGAAAAGGGGAACUUUCAUUGAAUUCCGAAAUGGCAUGUUGAAUGUGUCCCCUAUUGGAAGAAGCUGCAGCCAAGAAGAACGAAUUGAAUUCUACGAACUCGAUAAAAAAGAACAUAUACGACAAAAGUUCGUAGCAGACCUGAGGAAGGAAUUUGCAGGGAAAGGCCUCACAUUCUCCAUAGGUGGCCAAAUCAGCAUCGACGUCUUUCCUGAAGGAUGGGACAAGCGGUAUUGCCUGAGACACCUGGAACAUGCUGGCUAUAAGACCAUUUAUUUCUUUGGAGACAAGACUAUGCCGGGUGGCAAUGACCAUGAGAUCUUCACAGACCCCAGAACUGUGGGCUACACAGUGACGGAACCCGGAGACACACGCAGGAUCUGUGAGGGGCUCUUCCCUUGACCCGAGGAGUGCCGUCCUGACCAACAACACUGGAAGGGGCAUCUGAUGAUGAAAGAGAGCAGCCAUCCAGAGUUACCCAUCUGGGAUAGAACUGAAGACUUCUGUGAUUUGCUCCGUCUGCAAUCUGUGGUGGAGGCUGAGGCAGGAAGUAGCACCACUAUUCUGUCAAAGGGUUAAUGUUUCUGUUUUCAAGCCAGCUUCCCCUCUGUGAGCUGCAGACCACAGUGUGGCCAAGUGACAACUGAUCCCACAGUUUACACCUACACUGGCCUGGCUGGCCAUCUCGAUUUGCUAUAUCGUAAAGCCAGACUGCUUUCCUGUCACCGCAGGAGGGGAGGACAGAGGACCCAGCAAAGCAGCACCUCAUUGCAGUCCUCUUUAACCCCCAGGCUGACCAACCUAGGUAGCAGACCCAGUACCUAAGGCCACAGCAGCAGGGGCGCUCUCCAGCCUCUUCUUGGAGAGUGCACGUGUCCUCCCGAAGCUCGAAGCUCAGGAAAGCCUUCCAAGAACACUUCCCAGGCAGCUUUCCAGUGCCCAGCCACCAUGUGUCUCCACUGCCCUACCCUUGGCUGCCCCUACUCUGUCCACACCCACAGCAGAAUGCCAGGUCCUCACCCUGUGGCAUCCUUGGGUUUUAUGGCAGUGCUGUGAAGCCCACUGAAGGGACAGCACCAUCUCUCACUUCUCAGUCUGGUCACUUUAACCCUCAGUGUCAAAAGGGUGUCUACCCCAGGUUGGCAGAGAACUUGGCUUCUGAGAGCUGCUUUCUCCACUUCGCUCCAGUAAUGCUGGAGCCCCUAGCUGGCCUGGCUGUAGCAGUUCCUAGCCAGCCCAGAGGCUGUGUUCUACCUGCAGGUCCAGUGUCUCCCAUUGUGCCAGGUGGACUCCAGGCCUUGCCAGUUCCUACAGUGGCUGUCACAGAAACCCCCUGCCCCACUGUCUUCAUUCAACUCUCCCACCUAAUAAAGGGCCUCUGCUCUCCAGGCAGUACAUGAUUGUAGCCAAA